AUGGCAGCCGGUGCAUUACUGGGAGGCGAAUAUAACAUUCGAAAGGCUCGAGGUUCCAGGAUUCCUACCCCAAUUAGACCUCCUUCUAGUGGUCUAUACUCUCACAGAAUAUCUGGGAGCGAACGCUGGGCGAAUCAUAUACUGAGGCCUUCUGAUGCUAGUCAACAGCCAUCUACCUCAAACGUUAGUUGGCCGUCUGAUGAAAAGGCUGUCGUCGAAGCCUCUUCAAUCAAGAGGAACAAGAAAACCCCAGAAAUAAGCAAUACCUUCCAUCAGACCACUCGUCAAGAUCCCGAUCGACCGCGAGAUGUCAUGGAGGGUGGGCGUUCUCGUCGGGUAUGCCCGACAAGCUAUAGAAUGCCUACUCCGUUUCCCAGACAAGUGACUUUGGUGCCCUUUCCAAAACCUGCUCCUAUGACAGGCCCUGAUGCUCCAAAGCCAUAUCGUCGAUUCUAUUCUCUUCCACUUGACCUCACGAAUAGCAAGUCGACUCCAACAACAGGUAGGUCUCCAAGCUUCCAAAGCCCACCCGGAAAGAUGGCCAACAGUAACGAAGGGUCAGAAGGCAGACCCAAGAAGGUUGUGAUUUGCCAGAUUCCAUCAUAUCAAGAUAUAAGACCAGCGUUGAGGAAGGUGCGACUGAGAAUCAACGACGCUGCUGCCGCACUUAAGCAGCAGCCGGCACUAUCUUCUCAAAUCUGUCCCCCCUCCAGAAUUGAUACUCGUAUCUUGGUCAACCGUGAGGGCUCUGCGACUCCUCGAGCAGCAAGCCAGGCAACGAAGAUUCCCCGUUUGUUGUCCAGUGAUAUUUGUUGUCCUGAGAAGACGGAAAGCAUAAAUCGCAAAGCCUCGAGAUGCAGAGACAUGGUGAAAGCUUUGAAAGCGUCGAACAUCUUACCAGGGCAGGAAGAGCCUGAUCAAUUCUUUGGAGGCUCCGACCAGCAGGAGCCACUCGCGGAUUCACCACAGAGCCUUAACAGGAGUGACUUUGGAUCUGUGGACACAGACGGGACGGAAAACAUGGUCGCUGAAUCACAGCCUCUUGAAUACUGGCUUGGCCGCUUUAUGACUCUGUCGAAUGCGUAUCGGUACAUGGAAUCUUUUGAUGAGCCCGACGAGGCGACAGCGAUCAACACAAUUCCUCUUUUCUCUGCUGCUUCGUUCGCGAACAGGAAGUUGUUGGAUCCCCAUAUAGAAAGAGCCCUCGCGUAUCUAGAAGCGGCUUGCAUCACCAUGGAAGCACUAGACAGUUUUUUCAAGUUUCACGACCAAUGUGUUAGGGCAUGCGAGAAUCAACGGAAGAGAGAACGAUCGUCUACUCGAGACUCACCUAAGAAAGGAAAAUGA